AUUGUUUGAUUUUGACGGUUAUGUAUUCUUAUCAAAAGGUAUUGUACUUUUGCAUUUUUCUUUUAUUUUUCUUUUAUUAUUUUCGAAUAUAAAAUUUGUAAUUGCAAAUCUCUCUCCCCUCAACUGUUCAUCUUCUUCCCCAUUUUCAGUUUUCUUAUACGGUUGUAGUAGUGGGUGGUUUUAGCAUUUUAAAAAAUUUCAAAUCCCAUCCCACUUUCUUAAACUUCCCUCUCAUUUUCCCUCCUAUUUUUAUUAUUUUUGUCUAUAAAUACCUUCAUAGUUCCUGAUAAUGGCCGUUACUCGUUCAUCACCAUCUCCGGCUAAAGUUACAAAACCCACAAAACAAUCGCAGAAAACCAGACCCAAAUCAAAAAUGGGUAAAAAAAAUCUGAAAGAGAACCCUCCUAGCCCCACUUCCCCUUCUGUUAAAAGAAAAACUCUUGCUGGACCUUCGAAGAACACUCGAGGAAAAAGACCUCGAACUGUUGUUGAAAAUUCAGACUCAGAUUUUGAGUUGGAUUCUGAAUUUCUUAAGUCGCCUGUAUCUGUUAAGGGCAAGGGUAAAUCCCCUGUAAAGGUGUUGCCAUCAUCAGGUGUUUCUGAGGAAAUUCCUGUUAAUAGGAUUGUUGAGGAUUGGGAAUGCAAGUACACCCGAUCUCAAUUCUAUCAUUCUAGAGUAGUAACAUCUGGGUAUUACUCUGUACUUGGAGACAUUAAGAGAAUUCUAACUGAAAGCCAAUUGGAAAUUUUUUCAAAAUCUGUGUUUGGUUAUUUUCUUCGGAUUCCGGAGUACAUAAUUCAUUACCAAUUGCUUCAUUGUUUGCUGUUGAGGGAGGUUCAGCAGCCUAAUGGGUUGGAGUUUUGGGUUUGUGUCCAAGGGAAAUACCUUAGGUUUAGUAUCGAAGAGUUUGCGUUGGUCACGGGGUUAGAUUGUCAUGUUGAUUCUGAUUUUUAUCAGUUUAAGCAAGAUGAUAAUGAAUUGGUCAAACAUUGUUUUAAGGGGUACAAAAAAAUUACCAAGGGUGCUAUUCAGACUGCUUUUAUUGCUGACAAUCUUAAGGAUAACGACGAUCUUGCAGUCAAGUUGGCUGUAUUGUAUUUUGUGCAGUGUUAUUUGUUAGGUGGUCCCCCGGGUAAAGUUGUUUCGUCUGAGGAAAUAGAUGUUGUCGAUAGUGGUCGAUAUAAUGAAUUUGGUUGGGGCAAGCAUUGUUUUGAUAUCACUAUGCAUUCUUUGAAGGGUAAGAUAGAUUCUGGUUAUAAGAGGGUAGUUCGUAGUGACGAGGAUGGUGGGUAUUACAGGUUAUUGGGUUUUCCUUUGGCUAUUCAAUUCUGGUUUUUCGAGUGUUGCCCGUAUGUUAUUGGGAAACUGUCGUUGUACUCAAAUGUUGGCAUUCCAAGGAUUUUGAAUUGGCCUAAAUUACCCAAGGACAAGGAGGGUAUGGUGAAAAUGGAUGUCAUGAACACCCUCAUUUUCGAUCGGUCUUUGAAAGAGGUAAUCCUGUUGUUUUUUACACUAUUUCCACUGUUGUUUUAAUGUUGUUUUUGUGUACAUUAUUUAUACUUUAUGUUUUGAUUGUUGUUGUUAUUUUAUAAUUUCAGUUUCAUGUGCAUAUUGUUUUUUGUUGGUUUUUGUUGUUUCAGUUAAAAUUAAGAAACAUCACUUGAGUUUGAGCCUCACUGAUUUUUUCUCUGGUGAGACUACUCCCGAGGCUGUAAAAUUCAAAAUUAAAGGUGGUUCCAAGCCUGCUGGUCAACCUGGCUUGAUGGGUGCUUCUUCAUCAUCUGCUCAUGAGAAUGUCUCCCGAGUUGAGUUUGAGGAAUUUAAAAAGUGUUUAUCUGUUGUUGUCAGCCAGCAAGGGAUACUUAUGAAAUCUGUUGCUGAGAUGAACAAGAUUCUGGACAUUCUUAUUGAGGUGUUUUUUUAAUUGUCAUUACUUUUUCUGUUAUUUUUUUAGUAGUGUUUUUAUGUUUUUUUAUACAGUAAAUUAAUUUUUUAAGUUUUUUUUGUUCUCAGUCAUCCCAAGGUGGUCUUACUCACAAUGGAUCUCAGUCUGAAGAUGCUCUUCGUACUUCAGAAAAUGAGGAUGAUGAAGAUUCCACUUCGGAGGAAGACGAGGAUGAUAAAUUCGACGAUGACAAAGGAGAUGAUAAUCAUGACGAUGAAACUGAUGAUGAUGAUGAUGAUCUGGGUGGAGAUGGUGUUGGUGCUGGUCAGGAUGAGGCUCACACGGGCGAUGUUCGUAACGAUGAGGGUGUUGUUGUCCCCGAGGUUGUUUUGAGGGAUGAUGAUACCGGCAAGGUGGAUGAUGCCAAGAAUUCUGACCCUGUGGAACCUCUUGCAGAGAUCAAACAGGUGUAUUUCUUGUUUGGACAUCAUUUUUUUGUGCUUUUUGUGUGGAUUUCUGUGUUUUGUGUUUGUUUUAAUAGUUUUUUACUGUUUUUUUUGUUGUCAGCCUCAACAGUCUCAAGGUGGGGAGGAGAACAUUGAUGUUGAUGCAACAAUUGCAUCUGCUGUUAAAGCUGUGGAGAAUUUGGUUUGUGUUUCUGUUUUUGUUCCUUUGUAAUUUGUGUUUAUAUGGUAUUCUAUUGUUGUUUUUAUGGUGUUUUGAUUGUACUAUUUGAAAUUUAAAAAAAGUCUUCUUUUUUUCCUUUUUCUUUUUUAGAUUGGUUCCUCAACUCAUGCCCCUGCUUCUGUUGAGACUUCUGAGAAGACUGAUCUUGAAAUGGUUGUUUUUCAAGAGACUCCUAUUUUACGUCCUCAAAAGAGGGAUCGGAAGAAAGGAGCUGUUUUGAAAUCCCCAUUCACUGAGCUUGCUUCUGGUGCAUCUAAAUCAGGUUCAUCCUCAGUUUCUCCUGAUGAUUCUGUGUAUAAGGUCGUUAAAUAUGUGCGUGGUUUGUGCCCGUUGGACAACAAGAUUGGUGAACCUGUCGAUCCGCAAUUGGAAGCUGAGUUUGUCAAGUGGGUUGAUACAGGUCUUAGAAAGCAUAAAUCUAAGUAAGUAUUUUUGUAGGUGUUUUCAGUUAUAUAUCUCUUAUCGUUUUCUAUUUAGUUUUUAAUUUUUUAUUUGUGUUUUGAUAUUUUUUUAUUUGUUUUUUUUAGCACAACAACUAAUGUGUAUUGUAAGGGUAAGGACACAAUAUUUCCGCCUUUUCGUUUUGGUGUUGAGGACAUUAGCAACAAGAUGUGGUUUCACAACCUUGCCUACCCUAAUUGUUUCCUUACCAAUUCUGUAAGUUUUUUUUUUAUUAUUAUUAUUAUUUACAUAUUGUUUUUUUUAUUUAUUUUUUUUAAUGUUUUUAAGUGUUGUUCUGUUAGUUUUUUUUUAUAAGUUUGAAUGUUUUUUUUACUUAUUAUUUUUUUUUUGUUCAGCACAUUGACAUCAUUUUGUAUUAUCUUCGUAAGAAAAUAAUGUACUCAGCCGAGCCGAAAAUCAAAGUCACCACAACUGAUUGCCUCUUUUGUUCUAGCAUAACAAGUUUGUAUGAGAAGUUUGUUGAGAAAAACAACGAUAUAUCGGUGUUGUCUCUUUCUCACAAUGUGGCCCAGUACAUUCAAGGUGGUAAGAUAUUAUGUGCCACUCCUUGGCAUUUGGUUGAUCAUGUUGUUAUGCCUAUCAAUGUAAAAUUACAGGAUCAUUGGAUUUGUGGUCGUCUAAACAUAGCUGAGCGGCGGAUAUAUCUGUACAAUUCAUUGCGUUCUGGGAGGUAUAUGACAGCUGCCAAAGAGGCUUGCAAGCCUUUCUCUGUUAUUUUACCAUAUUACUUCUCUAUGUUAGACUUCAAAGGCCUUCGCAACGAAGCUAAGUUUAGCACUAUGGAACCGUUCCCUAUUGUUGCUGUUGAUGGUUUACCCGAGCAGGUCACAACGUAAGUUUUAUGUUUAGUGUUCAAUGUUUUUCACUGCUUGUUUGUAUUUUUAUUUUUUGUUAUGUGAAUUUGAUUUUUAUUAGUGUUCUCAUAGUGUCUGUUUUUGUGUUUUCUUGUUGUUUUUUUUCCAGUGAUUGUGGUGUUUUUGUAGCAUCAUUUGCUCAGUAUUUCAUUGAUGGCAAACCCAUCCCAUCCUCUGAUUUUGAUGUGGAAAUUCACCGCGAUCGUUUGGCUGUGUUAUUUUAUCAAUAUGACAUGAAGAAGCAAACUGAGAACAUUGAAAGUGAAUCCGAGGCCCCUCCCAGCCUUCCCAAGAAGUGAUUUGUUUUUUCAAUCAGACUGUCAUUGUUCUUAUAGUUUUUUAAUGUUGUUUUUAUGUUUUUUUAUGUUGUUUUUCGUAAACAAACAUUGGUGUUCUGUUAUGUUUCCUUACGUUUUGUGUGGACAAUAUGUAAUCUUUAUUUUUGUAUGUUUUUUCUUAUUCUUCUUAUGUACAAACAAGUUGGUAUGUUAAAGUUGUUAGUUUUUUCAUUUCA